AUGGCAACACCUUCGCUGCGGCGCUGCUCCUUCUCUCUGGACGAGAAGCGGCGAGUGCUGGAGCAUUUGCGAGCGAGCGGCCACGUGCGCGACACCAUCGCGCACUUCUAUCCGACACUUCCACCCGAGAGUUACGACGCGCGGCGGCGUCUGGUGCUCGGCUGGAGACGCAAUGCGCGCGAGAUCAUGGCAGGCGCUGCGACCCGGCAAGGGGCCGCUAGAAAACGCAUGCGCAAGCUCAAAACGCAGCGACCACAGCCACCAAUACCACAAGGACUUGCAUCUGCGAUUCAGGAUCAAAACGAGCCCUUUCUGAGCGAAAACGAGCAUGAAAUGACCGAAUUUGGCCCCAGCAGCACAAGCUCGCAACUGCUGCACAAUGCAGCACAGGAUGACAGAGAAUUGCUGGAUAAUAUGCAAAACAUACAGGAGCAGACACAGGAGGAGGGAGGCAUCCAGGACCUCAUCGCCACUGCUGUGGAGCAAUCCACAAAGAGACAGGAACAUAUUCAGAUGCAGCUGCAGCCUCAGCUGUUGGGUGGACAGCACACUGAGGCAGAAGACGCAGAGAUAGAGACAGGAGCAGGUUCAGGAUCUAGUGCAGAGAUGGAGGAAUGCAAGAGUGACUCUGACAACAGUGACGAGGAGACCGAAGCUGCUAAAGGCAAGAGAUCGUCUUUCUCGCUGGACGAAAAGCGGCGGGUACUGGAGCAUUUGGCUACAGUCAAGAAUGUACGUGAGACUAUUGAGAAGUUUUAUCCGGACUUGCCGCUGGAGGAGUUUAAAACACGCCGCAGAACUAUCUGGCGCUGGCGGCAAUGCAAAGAGCAGAUCGUAGCCGGCUGCGCGGACGACAAGGCCAGUGCGAGGAAGAAAAUGCGGCCACGAGGGAUCGUCUGUCAGCGAGGACCCAGAUGUGUGGAGCCUCAGGACGUGGUGGAUCGGCUGUUGACGUCCGUGAAGAAGUCGGAGCAGCGAACGCUCAAGAGGAAAGGCAACCGAAUGCUGAGACCGGCGCCUCCUGCAACAGCGUUGCUUGCAGAGCGACAGGUUGACGCGAUUGUGUUUUCUGCGCUCGGACUGCCACCCACAUCGCAGUUCCCUCUCUGUCAGCCGCCUCCAGCAAAUAUUACGAGCACAGAGACAGCUGCUGUGUCAACGAUGCGGCCCUUGCAGCGUGGAGAAGCAACAUUCGCGAUACGGCGACGCUGA